AAAGAAGUUCACCAUAUUGAUGACGUAUUUCACAUUUCCGGGUGAAUUUAUCGUUACAUUAUUGUUAUUAUUUCCAGAUUAUCAAGAACUUUCCUUUCUCUGUAUGGCUGAUUCAUUAUAGAGAAAGAGGUAACAGAUGGUUUGAAAUACAUUCAUGUUAUUUGAUGGUGAGCUAUUGAUAUAUGACCAAUGGGUCAGCAGGGAAGUACACAUGAUCACCAUACUGUAGAUACUGUACAUGGUAAACUAAAACAGCAUUCAGAAAUACUCCGGAGGAUUGCCAAACUGUCGUAUAAAGAGUUCAAAGACUCGGUUACAGAGUUAAAUCAGGUGACCUCGUCAUUUACAGACCAGCAUGGGAAACAGUUACAGUUCAAUGUAGUGUCAGGGUCAGAUGAUACUAUUCUAUGGAAAGGAACAGUUAAAGUAGAGUGUAAAAAGGUUCUCCCAAGAACCAACAAGGAAUGUUCAGUCCGAUAUCUAAGUCUACGUCAAUACAUCAUGGUAUAUAAAGAGAUAACGGAGCAAGUAUCAAACCUUCAACCGGCCUCACCAGGUGGUUCAGCUGCCAGAAUUGACAUCUGUGCCUCAAUGAUACUAGAUGAAGCGGAGCACAAAAGUCUAGAACUUGAGGAAGAAUGUUGUAUAUGCAUGACCAAUGAAGCUAAAACUAUUCUACCAUGUGCACAUAAAUUCUGUGAAAACUGCUGUAGAGAAUGGAUGGAUACACACCGUACAUGUCCAAUAUGUAGAGAAAAAGUAUCAAGUACUGCAGACACAUGGGAGUUGACAGAUCCCCCAGAUUCCACAGAAUAUGCUACAGAGGUGCGGGAAGUUCUUGUGGGCAUUGCAGAUAGACGUACAAAUAGACACUCAAGGAGUAACUCUUCAUAGCAGUGCUAUUUAGUUCUCUUUUAUAAAUCCAGUUAAAAAGAAAGUGACAUUAUGCCCAUUUUUUGCUAUUGACUAUUAGAAUGGAUAUAUUUACCAAUUAUUGUGGAAAAAUGUGUAGGAUGAAGUAUAAAAACUACCUAUAAUAUAAAAAAUACUGUCCCACUUUUUUUUUAAAUUGAAAAAUAUCAAUUCUUAACAAUGUUAACAGAAAUGUCCGUGGGUCUAGAGGAUUAUAAAUUAUUUUUGCAGGAUAAAAUAUAAAAUUGAAUACCUUUGAAUUCAACGUUUAAAAAGUUGAGUUUACAUUUUGCCAUAAUUUCUUUCAUUUUUUAAUUUACUUAAUUUUCUUGAAUGAUUAAAAAGUCACGUAGCCCAAGGGAAUUUCAAUAAAUAUCCAUUGGAAUCUGCCAUUAACAUUCAAAUUAUAAAAAAGAGCGGACAGUCUUUUUAUAUUUUAGGCAGAUUUAUAUUUUAUGACAUAUUUCUUUAUCAACUGUUGGUCAACAGUCAAUCUAUUGAAAUACAAAGUUUAUUCAGCAAAACUUGACAAUGAAAAAGAGCAUAAUGUCACUUUAAUUGUUUAAAAUAGACCAACAUUGUGAUAUGACUUAUAUGUUUUGUUGGAAUUUAUAGGUGAUUGAAAUAUACACACUAACCACAAGUUCCUUCAAACAACUAUUUAAGUCCCAGUGAAAUCUGCCAUAUAGAUUUACAGCAAAUUAUAUUUAUUGUUUAAGUUAUUCAUUCUGUUGUUUAACAUAAUGUAAACAUUACAAAAAGAUUAUGUAAACAUUAAGAAAAAAUUACAAGAAAUCAUGGUGUCAUUUUCUUGCAUUGAAUUUAUGACAUGUACUUUGUAAUUAGUAUUUUGGAUGAUGGAAAUGAUACACUUGAAUCAUACACGCAGAAGAAUGAUCAAAAUAUGACUGAAACUUGUUUCUAUAUGAGUAAUUCUUUUAAUGUUUUAUAUAAGUACAUGUGUAUUGUCUGAUUUUGAUUUGUAAUUGAUGAAACGUUUUUGAAUGUAUAUAUGUGAAUGAAAAGUGUGCUAUACAAAUAUGAUUUAUCAUAUUAACCUAAAGUCUUCUAGCGGCAACAAAUUCUUCCAAUGUCACCAGUGCUAGCUGAUCAUGGUCUCCACUGUUUGCCGUUCAGUCAGUACAUAUUUUAAGAUAAUUUCCCCUAUAAUCGAUUAAUGGUUUUGUCUGUGUUGAAAGAUUGGCAAAUCCAUUUAAGAUAUUAAGCAUGGUUAGGGUUAAUGUUAAUGGUAAUAAUUAUCAUAAUAGGUACAUGUUCAAUGACUCAUUAUAAAGAACAAUGCUAUUUUACUGCCAUUUUGAAGAUUUAAAAAGCGGGUGAUAUAUGUUCACUGUCCAUAUUUUUGUGCUGUUCUCUACAAAUCCAUACAUGCAAUCUCUACUUAGAGUCGUUGCCCUUAGUAGUAAGUAACACACCUUCGUUUCACCACAGUGACAAAGCAUGUGAUAGCAAAAAACUUCUUUAUUUUAGAAAUACCAGUUAUACUGAUGAUAAUGUGGUCAUUUAUUAAGGGCUGUAUGAAUCAAAACUUUGACAAGGCAAAUACAUGUAUUUUAGAAAUCAGACAAAACUGUAUUGAACUUAUUCAUCAUUGUACACAUUGACCAGUUUCAAAUUUAGCCUAAGACAUUUUUGUAAAGCUUCUACAGUUGUUUACAUUUAAUCAUGAAUUUCAUCAAUAAUUACCAAAAAUUACUGGUUUAAAAAGAUUAGGAAAGAGAGUAAAAUGCUACAUUUUUGUAUGUAUUUUGUUCAGUUAUUUGUAACUUGCCAAUUGUUCUACUGAUUUUUUAUAAUGUGUUCUUUAUAAACAUCUUACCAGUUGUACUUUAUGAAACUACUAAAUAUUAUGUUGGAUAUACAUAAUUAUGUAUAAUUGAUAUAACAUGGGAAAGAAGACUCUUGUUAGAGAUUUGGUAAGAUUUAUUUUUGUUACCAGCCUUUCUUUAACCUUUAGUCUGUUGGUGGUGACGGAUUCCACCCAUGUGAUCAGUUCAGAACACUUUAGUUCCGUCUGCUCAUGGCCUGAACUGUUCUAUAUUCAGUCAGUUAAAAUGAUGAUUGGUUUUGUCCCGAUUGAAGGAUAGACAGCCCAUAAAAGAUGUUGAGCCAGGUAAAGGUAAGAGACGUCCAUUAUUUUCUGACAUAGUAUUGUUUGUGUGUAUAUACAUGUGUAUGACUAACUGUAUAGUUCUAUGGCCAAUUUGUUCUAUGCAGUAAGCAUUUUUGUAUGUAAUUUAUUAUGUAACAUAUGUUAGUCUCUUCUAAUUGAUUUUGUUAGUGAAAUGUUACUGUUUUUACAUACUUUUAUAUAUGAUAAACAAGUUUCAGUAAUUGUGUUUUUUAUAAAUAUAAUUGAUGAACUAUAUUUGAAUAUAUGUAAUAAACAAUUACUUAAAUAAAACAUUUUGCUUGUU